AUGAGAUGGAUUCGGAUGGCCUAUGCUGUGCAGCUGUUGUGCUGUGGCCGCAUCGGCGAGGUGGAGCCCGGAGCCCGGCGCCCGGAGCCCGAAGCCCGUCGCUGGUGGCCGGUGGCUGGCGUCGGCAGGACUUCGGCAGCAGAAUUUUGCUAG